AUGAGAAACGAAGAUCGAAGCAAAGUGGACACAGUAGGAGCAUAUUGUAAUCUGCUAUAUUCUAAUGAUGCUCCAGAACUCACUUUUUAUCACGGUUGUACAUUGACAAAUGAAAUGAUUGAAGAUCAUAAAAGGACAGUUAGUAAGCAGAUCGACUGGUUAUUAUUUACAUCAACAUCAAAAUCACGUCAACAGGCAGAUCAAUUUGGAAAUACUUUGUUUAUUAUUCAUCUUAGCGGUGACGGUUACUACUCAGGCCAUCAAAAAGAUAUUUCAUCUCUAUCAAACUAUCCACAGGAAGAAGAAGUGCUUCUUCAACCUGGAGUUCCGUUGUACCUUGAUAAAGUUGAUUACAAUUACAACUAUCGACAAAUAGUUCUAGCACCCUGA